AUGGCUUACGAAAUCCCCAAGGGCUUCGAGCUGAGCGUCUUACUCGGCGAUCGCUUCCCACUCAAAGGCGAAGCCUGCUUCGGCUUCGCCAUCGGCAGCGACGGGUCCCUGUACCACGGUGCCAUGGGCGAGUUCGAGCGCGACAUCAAUAUCACUAUGGUGAAGGUAAGGCCCACGCCGGAGCAAGCCAAGUCCUUUAAGCCUGUGGGCUGGGACGAGAUCGAGGAGGCUGAAUGGCGAACCGAUCUGCCCAAGCUGGGCGAGCAGGCUCUUGGGUGGUAUUAUGCCUCCCAGGGAAAAGGCAAGUUCUUCAAGGUCUUAGAAGGCGUUGCGACUGUGCAGCUUGCUAAGGAAUCUGUCCCUGUGAGGCUUGUCAGGCCGUUUGCGAGGGAGGAUCCGCGCCAUUUUGGUAAUUGGCCGCGGGGCCUCUAUAUCGAGCUGUUGCAAAGCAGGGCCAUGGAGGCGGAGAAUCGGAGGGCUACGGAGGAAUACUACGAACGUCUACCGGGGAAAGUCCAGGGUUGGCUGGACACCUUGGAGGAUGAUGAGGAAGACACCUCCAGGCCCUUUUCUGGCCUUGAUUAA